CCGCGAGGGAGACAGCUCUAGGCUGGGGUUUGGGCGCGCGCGCGUGCGCCGUGGCGAGCUCGGCAGUGCCGGGGUCGCCGUGCGGGAGCGGGUGUGGGACAGCCGUGCGGGCCGCGAGAAUGUUCCGAAAGGCCCGGCGAGUGAACGUGCGCAAGCGGAAUGACUCGGAGGAAGAGGAACGAGAGCGCGAUGAGGAGCAGGAGCCGCCGCCGUUGCUGCCGCCGCCGGGCACUGGCGAAGAGCCGGGCCCCGGCGGCGGCGGCGGCGGCGACAGGGCCCCCGGGGGGGAGGGGCUGCUGGGCCCGGGGCUGCCGCCGCCGUCGGCGCUGACCCCUGGCCCCGGCGCCGAGGCUGGGGGCUGCUUCCCGGGCGGCGCGGAGCCCGGCAACGGGCUGAAGCCGCGCAAGAGGCCGCGCGAGAACAAAGAGGUGCCCCGGGCCAGCCUGCUGAGCUUCCAGGACGAGGAAGAAGAAAAUGAAGAAGUUUUCAAAGUGAAGAAAUCAAGUUAUAGCAAAAAGAUAGUGAAAUUACUAAAGAAAGAAUAUAAAGAAGAUCUUGAAAAGUCGAAGAUUAAGACGGAACUCAACUCAUCAGCCGACAAUGAGCCCCCUUUGGACAAAACAGGACACGCCAAGGACACGGGCCCAGAGGACGGGGGGGCCCUCGGUGAGCGCGGCGAGGACGAGAUGGACGUGGAGAGCGAGAAGGAGGAGGCCAAGGCCAAGGCCGGCGGCGCCUUCGCGGACGCCCUGUCGUCUCUGAACGUCCUCCGGCCAGGGGAAAUCCCGGACGCAGCCUUCAUACAUGCCGCCAGGAAGAAGCGCCAGAUGGCCCGGGAGCUGGGGGACUUCACUCCUCACGAGAGCGAGCCCGGCAAAGGCCGCCUUGUUCGAGAGGAUGAGAACGAUGCCAGCGAUGACGAAGAUGAUGAUGAGAAACGCCGGAUAGUGUUCUCCGUGAAGGAGAAGUCACAGAGACAAAAAAUUGCCGAGGAAAUAGGUAUCGAGGGGAGUGACGACGACGCUUUAGUGACCGGAGAGCAAGACGAAGAGCUCAGCCGUUGGGAGCAGGAGCAGAUAAGGAAAGGAAUCAAUAUCCCGCAGGUCCAGGCGAGCCAGCCCGCCGAGGUGAACGUGUACUACCAGAACGCCUACUCGGCCAUGCCCUACGGCGCCUCCUACGGCAUCCCUUACAGCUACGCCGCCUACGGCUCGGCUGAGGGCAAGGCUCAGAAAACAGAUAACUCAGCCCCUUUCAAAACUCCCAGUAACGAGAUGACUCCCGUUACUAUUGAUCUGGUCAAGAAACAGCUUAAAGACAGGUUGGACGCCAUGAAGGAAGUGCACAAAGCAAACCAGCAGCAGCGUGAGAAGCACCUGCAGAGCCGCGUGGACUCUACCAGGGCGAUUGAAAGGCUGGAAGGGUCUGCGGGGGGCACUGGCGAACGGUAUAAGUUUCUGCAAGAAAUGCGAGGGUAUGUCCAAGACUUGCUUGAGUGUUUCAGUGAAAAGGUGCCACUGAUUAACGAACUUGAAUCAGCAAUACAUCAGCUGUACAAACAGCGAGCCUCCCGCCUUGUCCAAAGACGACAAGAUGAUAUUAAAGAUGAAUCUUCGGAGUUUUCAAGCCAUUCAAACAAAGCCCUGAUGGCACCAAAUCUCGAUUCCUUCGGGCGAGACCGGGCCCUGUAUCAGGAGCACGCGAAGCGCCGGAUCGCGGAGCGGGAGGCCAGGAGGACCCGUCGGCGACAAGCCAGAGAGCAGACCGGUAAGAUGGCAGACCACCUCGAAGGCCUUUCCAGCGACGAUGAAGAAACAUCUACAGACAUUACCAAUUUCAAUCUGGAAAAAGAUCGCAUUUCAAAAGAGUCCAGCAAGGUGUUUGAAGAUGUUUUGGAGAGUUUCUAUUCGAUCGACUGUAUUAAAUCGCAGUUUGAAGCAUGGCGUUCAAAAUACUACCUGUCUUACAAGGAUGCCUACAUCGGCCUCUGUUUGCCAAAGCUGUUCAACCCCCUCAUAAGGCUGCAGCUUCUCACCUGGACGCCUCUUGAGGCGGGGUGCCGGGACUUUGAGACCAUGCUGUGGUUCGAGUCCCUGCUGUUCUACGGCUGCGAGGAGCGCGAGCAGGAGCGCGACGACGUGGACCUGGCGCUGCUGCCCACCGUCGUGGAGAAGGUGCUGCUUCCCAAGCUGACAGUGAUAGCUGAAAACAUGUGGGACCCUUUUUCUACAACACAGACUUCAAGAAUGGUUGGAAUCACAUUGAAAUUAAUAGAUGGAUAUCCUUCAGUAGUGAAUGCAGAAAACAAAAAUACACAGGUGUACCUGAAAGCGCUCUUACUGAGAAUGAGAAGAACUUUGGAUGAUGAUGUGUUCAUGCCCUUGUACCCCAAAAAUGUUUUAGAAAAUAAAAACUCUGGGCCUUACUUGUUCUUUCAACGGCAGUUUUGGUCGUCAGUUAAGCUCUUAGGCAAUUUCCUUCAGUGGAACGGCAUCUUCUCGAAUAAGACCCUUCAAGAGUUGGCCAUAGACGGCCUGUUAAACAGGUACAUCCUCAUGGCUUUCCAGAACUCCGAGUGCGGCGACGACAGCAUCAGGAAAGCCCAAAACGUAAUCAAUUGUUUCCCCAAGCAGUGGUUCAUGAAUCUGAAAGGAGAAAGAACUAUUUCUCAGUUAGAAAACUUCUGUCGAUACCUCGUACACUUAGCAGAUACGAUUUAUAGAAAUAGCAUCGGGUGCUCUGAUGUGGAAAAAAGAAAUGCAAGGGAAAACAUAAAACAGAUAGUAAAGCUCCUUGCAAGUGUCCGAGCUCUGGAUCAUGCCCUGUCUGUUGCAAGUGACCAUAAUGUGAAAGAGUUUAAGUCUUUGAUUGAAGGAAAAUAGGUCUAUGAGACUGAAAAGCUUAUUUGCUUUAAUACCAUUCCUAAUGUAUAAAUUUUGUAUAUAUGUAAAGUUUCUUAAACUGUAAAAUACUGAUUCUUGUUUUAAUACAAAGAACAUUAAUAUUCAAUACUGUGUCCUUAAAUGCGAUUUCUUCGGAAUGAAAGGCAUUCAGAUUAUUUCUAGGAAGCUGGUGAGUGUCUUCCUUAUCGCCAGCCAGACCUGGGCUGCAGCAGCCUUGUUCUGCGUGCGGGCCCGGGCCGGCCGCCCCACCAGGUCGCUGUGGCCGCGGGCGCCGCGGGGGCCGUGUCUUGGCGCCUCUCUGUCCACGCUGCCCUGGGGUUCCUUUUGCCCUGGAUGUUCCUGGCGCUUUUCGACAGAGCCGUUUGACAGCGGAGACUUGCUCAGCAGCAAACUGUCAUGGGAAACUGCAUCCUCCACCCCCAUUGGACAGAGGGCUGACGAGUGGCCUGGCGCCCCUUCUCGGGCGGUAGUCACGGUCGCUGUGCUGCCUUAAACCUGCGGCGGAGGGGGGCGUCCCCGCUGGGCGAGCCUGCGCCGCCUCCCCCGGAUCAGCGUGGCCGUCCCCUGGCGGUUUCCUGUGGACUCUGAUGUGUGCAACACAGGUUUUUAGAAGAAUGUGGAAGUUUAAUUUUUGGAAAUAAUAGGCCCACAACCUAACCGAGGGGUCUGGGCUGACUGACCUCAUUCAUGAUUUCACUCCCUGGCCAGCUUACAACACCUGCAUUUGAAGUUAGUAACCUGUCCCACUUGAAAGCCCACAUGUGUGCAUUACAUAUGCAAUAAGGACUACGCCUUGCUGAUUCGCCACACACCCAGGCAGUUUAAUAUCUGUGGUCUUCUAUAAUGUUUGUACCACACUGUAAAUAUUCAGAGAACUUGUUUUAAAGUUUAUGCCUUCUGAGUCUGUGAUUUUCAAAAGAGGAACUUUUUGAAAAUUAAGGACUAUUGUUUGAUAAUUAUAUGUAAUUAAGCUUUAGCCAAGCAUUAAAUUAAUUUUCAGUUCUGUCCUUUGUUGUAUUUGCUGGCGACUAAUUCUGGCGACAGCAUUUCA